AUGCAGUCCAGAACGUGGUGGGUUUCAUCGAAGCAAGGCCCGUCACAGAACGCGUUUGUGGCUUCUGUAGGAACAUUGAUGUUCCCACUCAGGUUUAGCCUGUAUGCACGAUUGCAUCGGCCGUAG